AUGGAAGAUUUGGACGAUAUGAACGAUAUCGAGGAUGAGAUUCUAAGAAGAGCAAACGGGAUUAUCAUGUGGGUUGUCAUUGUGGUUUCGCUGCUUAACAAAGCCUAUGAUGAGGGUCGUAUUGAGGCCAUGCCAGAGGGCGAUGGAAUCGAUCCAAAUUCAAUAACAACACUAUCCGACGACGCAUCACCUCCUCGUCCCGAGGCCUGCUCGAGGUUCGAAAAGGCUACAGAAGCUGGACCCAACGCUGGUCCCAGAGCCUAUCAGUUGCAGCCAUGGCCAGCUGUGCGCCUCUUGCCGGUCAGCUAUCGAGCAGAGAAGGCACUAUCCGAAGGUGUCAUGCGAGAGGCUAUUGUACAGUGGCUUCGAAAGCAACACAAUUGGUUUAUGUGGUGGAAAAUAUUUUUCCAUACCACUGGCGGUGGUGCGGAGUAUCCGUGGCUAGAAAAUAGCAUGGAGGCGGGACUUCUUUAUAGUAAUUAUGUCUUGUCGCUUUGUGGUUGUCAACAUUUGAUCAAGGACGCAGUCAGGCCACUUCGGCACGGCAUUGCGAGCAGCUGCGACUCGAGGCCACGAAACGAUGGUCCAGCAGCUACUAGCUUUUCAACGUGCGCUUGAAAUUACACGUGCGAAGUCGUGAAUUAAUCUGAGAAAUCCUUCCUAUGAAGAGCGGUCUAACCAGCAUCCGAGGGGAAAAGUUCUCUAGGCGGAAAAGGAUCCUUCAAAAGCUUGGAUUGCAAUGGAAAGCGGAUUUGUCUUCGUGAAGCUUGCAAGUCUGUAUAACGGAGUACUCUAAUCCGUUGUAUUUGUAGUUCUAUGUCAGCUGAGUGUUUAAGGAGUAGUCUUUCUUUCUCUCCAAACCUCUAUUACACUGAGGGUUCAAGGAGU